AUGGUCCUUCUCCUUGCUUUCGCUGGAGUUUUCAACUGCGUGUCCGAGAUACUGGGGUUUCUGACCCAGCCACACAUGCGCGUCUUUACGCAAGCACUCGUGACGCAAAGCAACAUGGUCUUUACUGCGUGUUGGUCGAUGCUACUUCUACGAAGGCAGUAUGUCUUCUACGAAGUCGCCGCGCUCUGUCUGGCCGUUUUUGGUUCCAUAUUGGACCUCACUGCCACACUGUCUUCGUCUGAAGGCGACAAACACAAUUGCUCUUCGUCUUCUGACGUGCAACAAGAUAGGAGUAUUGCGCUCGUCAACAUCGUUUCUCCACUGUUGACUUUCACGGGUGUCGACGACACUAUUUCCAGGGUUGACCUCCUCGACCGGAGCUCGCCAACAGCUCCAGCACGUGGAAGCCCUGCGCUUCCAUCUUCUGAAUCUGACAGCCUCGUCGCUGUGAUCACGCCAUCAUCUGCAUCGGAAAAAACAAAAAGUGAGGCGUUUGGUGCAGCGCAAGUUGAUAGUCUGUCAGCGGUGUUGAUUACACUGCUGAGUUGCGCCACGCCCUUUAUGGUCUUCAAGGAAGUCGUUUUUUACCGAUGGCAAGAGCGACAAUUGCUGCGGCAAAAAUACAACUGCUUCGUGCAAAAGAGGACAGGCACGACCUGCGCAAAAGCGAAUGCCGCAUUACCACCUGCUGGAAACCAACCUCCAAAUGCACCGGGGCUAGCCAGACAAGAGGCAAAUCCUCAAGUUCCUGAAGGUCACGUAAUUGAAAAUACUGAGUACGACUUGAGUAUCGACGAUAUAAACAAGGAAGAAGGCUCAUCAACCCCGUCCAAGAUACACACGCUCGACGUGUUUCUAGUGGCGGCUGCAACUAACGUUUUUUCCGCGUUGUUUGCUCCGCUUGCGAUUUGGACUCUCACAAAAGUAAAAUUCGGAGACGAGGUAGGAGUCUUGGAGAUUUGGUCCUCCGCGUUUCAUGAGCUCUGGCACAAUGGAAAGGCGUUCUUCUGGACUUUGCAGUGCUAUGCUCCCCUGAAUCUCUUCAUGAACAUUCUCGUGAUGUACAUUCUGGCGUCGCCUGGUGGAGCACUCCUGCUAUUCGUAUCCUUUAAACUAACGUUGCCGUUGUUAUGACUGAAAAUAUACAGAUCGAUGUUGUUCUCGUGAAACGGCGUUACUUAUAUACGACUCAGGGCCGCACGCCCCCCCCUUUCCCCCCCCCCUGUGGUUUGGUCUGUGGUGGCGCGCCCGCGCGCUUUUUCGCGCGGAUUUUUCGCGGAGUCUAGUACUAGUGUUGGGAGGCGUCAAAACUUGGCGCGGGCAUCCCCUUGGGCCUCUCAGCGUGUUCCGAAGGGACCGCCUGGCUGGCCUCUGCUGACCCUUGCAGGCGGGAGGCCUCUGGGGUAAAAGGCCGCCGGAGGCGCCCACGGUCGCAAGAGCAAGCAAGCCGAUGACCAAGGGCCCGGCGGGUACAGGCGGCACGGCUCAGGGGGUCCAGCCCCUCGCCCUUUGCCGUUUUCGAAGGCCUUCCGUUGCUGGUGCACUCAUGCGGCGGCGAAGCCUAACGGACGCACUGAGGGCACAGGCCCGCACCUGGACGGGGGCGCAGGCGAUCCCUUGGGCCCCUUUUGAAGCCUCCCACCGCCAUCGGUGGCCCCUCAAGUCUGUAGGGUACAUGCAAACGAGAAGGAGGCAGCCCCUUGGCCCCCUUUUGAGGCCUUCCGCCCCCGGCAGACGCCUCCAAAAGGGGGCCAGGGGGGGGGGGUAGGGGGGGGGCCGUCGCCCCGCGCCUUGGAACAUAUAUAAGUACUAGCCUCCACAAGCUUCGCCCGGCCCCGGCUUCAAGUUAGUUUAGCACUUUUCUGCGGCCUCCCACGGGCUACACCUGCUAGAAUAGAGACAGCCCGCGGCUGAGCUGUUGCGCCCUACGAAUUGACUACGACAAGAGCGGAGCGCCGGCGGUGGCUGACUCAGAUGCGUCGACUCAUGUGCAACGCAUUGCGUUGCCUUCGGUUUUUUUAUGAGAUUGCUGGAAGAGUCAUGCAAAUUCUUAAGAAUUUGCAAGACCCCCACGGCAGUCCAACAAAAAAACCAGAAGAGGGCCACCAGACACGCACAAGAAUCCACAAGCCCCAACGCACGCAAGCGCCUCGCGAUGGCGCCAGGCAAGAACGCAGGGCGGCCUUAACGGGCCAAACAAGACGAAGCAACGCAGGGCCGCGCUGCUUGGGUCUCUCUACGCGCUUACACAUGGCGGGGCUUCUUUGUUUCGUCUUAUGUCUUUCGUCAGAAACAGACGGGCGCACUUCGCUGGGGUACUAUUGACUUCUACAUAUUGUCGAUUGUCGCCGUAGCAGAAUUCACUCAAGAAUAUCAAGCUGUUCAAUGAAGCUAUCUUCUACAACAAAUUCAAUCUAUUGUACUAAAGAUAGCUACUUCCUCUGCACAUCCAAUUGUUAUUCACCAAAAUUUUUCUCUAAUACUUGGAACGCUUCUGGCUGUAACUCUACCGUGGCCAUCUGUCAUUGGACACCAGGACGUCUCGCUGUUCGAGGCGCUGGGUGGUGCUCUAGUCUUCUCGGCAACAUUUCUCUUUCUACUUGGGGGAAAUCUUCGGAGACGACUGUUGGAGGAGGACGAUCUUGAAGAAGAUGUAAAAGUUAAGCUUUCAUUGUGCAAGAAGAUUCAUCGUUGUAAUCGCGAUGGUUAAAAACUUGUAAGUAGUUGUAGUAGUAGUUGGACUUCUCGGCUAGUUGUACAGAAUCCGAGAAGGAUGGCGAUGGGGAUUCCUGAAUACUCGGCGACUUAACUGAACUUGAGGUGAAAAUCGCAUAGGGCGAAAUUCUUGUCGCUUGUUCUAAUGUUGGUCGAAGCAGCACGGUAGGACAGCGCAGCAACAAGGCUUCGCAAAUAACGACCUCUGUUGCGGUUGCUAUCAGCGCUAGGAGCACACCGCAGAUUAUAGAAGAUGAGUCCAAGAACAAUCAAGUGGAGACCUCCAGCAUUGAGCAGGGGUCUCCUAAACAAGCCUCUACACAACAAGCUCUACUCACACCUGCACAGGAUGAUCGCGAAGUACUUGCCUCAUCGAGUUCGCGUUCACCUCCACCGAGGGUGCACCGUACUUCACCGCUCCAAGCAGCCGCAGGACCAAGUACAUCUUCCUUGUUGUCACAUCAACAGGGUCGUGGGGCGCAAGAAUCAUCAUCACUGCAGAAUAGUCCUCGACUUCCUGGACGGGCAAGUGGAGGUAGCAGCGCACCGUCUCUGAGUGCUGGUAUUACCCGCAGGUCGUCGUCAACUAUUGCUGUCGAGCUGGUGGCGCGUUCUCGGCGUAUCUGCAUGUAUCCCUUCCACCAGAGUCGCAGACGAGCGCUUGCGGCUUUUCUAACUGUCGCAUCACCUCCAGCGGCCUACCUAUUCUACGCCAUCGUGCACUUUCGCAAGUAAUAGCAAGUGCUGAGACUUCAUUUAGAUGUUGUGUUUAGCUUCUGCACAGAAGUGCACGACACGUCGCAGAUGCUUACAUGCUGGAAUCGAGAAUUCGUUUUGUCGCUAUAAUUUCAAUCUCAUGCACAGAAAUAGAUGUUUUAGAUUCAUGUGCUGGUAGUGCGUCAGAAUCACUUCACUUCUCAUGCUGUAACUUUGAGGACUAUACAUGUUUCUCUUUCGGAGCAACCUGCAACACCAUUGUACAGAAUAUGUGGGUAGUGGAACAAGGUGGAACAAGCUUUCUAAUACGUCAAGAAGGCAGCGUCACAAAAUUGUUCUCUCUUCAGGAAACAGGUGAUUGGAGGACGUGAACCUCAUACAUUCAUUCACGACGAGAAACAAGAACAAGGAUGACUUAGAGAAUGUAGGAAAC